AUGCUUAGCCGCUCUUUUAAUGUAUUGCCCUUCUUGUUUGCCACAAAGCAACCUCAAUUUAGGCCUAUCCUCAACCUGGAUCAGGUCCCACAGGCAGCCCCUUUGGACACUACCACCACCAUUCAUUCCAGUGGUUUAAUAACCUCGACAAUAGAGGAGCAUUCCAACAUCGCGGAAUCUGUGCAAGUCACGAGACUUCAAAACGGCGUCCGUAUUAUCUCGCAGGAUCUUGGGGGUGCAAUAGCCUCUAUCGGUGCCUACACCUUUGCGGGACCGGCGUUUGAGCCAGCCAACUGCCCGGGUUUAGGUGCCAUGCUGCAGUCCGCGUUUACCCUGCAGAACUCCAAACAAACCACUCUUAACGGGAAGAAAAUCGUCAAUAUCGAAGAAUUUUAUCCGAAGGUUCACAAAUACCAUGUCAGCGCUCAUGUGAACUGCAGCAGGGAUGGGUGGCAAAGUCGCAAAUCAUCCCACCGCAUUGCUGAAGAACAGGCGAAGAUGAAAUCGAAGUCGUCCUCGAAGAAGCAAAACUCGAUUUUCGGUAUCAUUACAGCGAGCCUCACUAAUCCACCGAUACAAAAAGCGGAGGUCGAGACUCUUCAUAAUUCCUCGGACACACGAUUAAACGAACUAAGAUGGAAACAGCCAACAGAGUACGCAAAGCUACUCCUUGAAACGGUCGCUUAUUAUCUAGAACCUCUGGGCAGUCCACGCUUUGUACCGGUGGAAAAUUCUCCUUAUAUCACAUCGGCAGUUCUUCAGGAGCAUCACAGCCUCUACGCCGUCUCUUCCCGCACCAUCAUCGCGGGUGUAAAUGUGGACCACGACGCCCUUGUUGAGGAAUACGAGAACGCCUCUAUUCCAGAUUCUAAUCCUCCUUCGGAGCCGCCGAACACCCUUGAGAGUGAGGAAGAGGUAAACCUCAAAACCGAAACGAGGCAGUACACGGGUGGUGAGCGCCAUGAUCACGAGGAUCGCGCUAAGGUGAUCAUCACGAAGCCUUUUAUGGAUACCGAAACCAUUUGUGCGGUAGGAUGGCUCACUUAUGGACAAGAUAGGGUGCAAUUGAAGCAGUACGCCGCGUCCCUCGUGGCCAAAGCAUUGCUGGAUCUUGGGCUCACUAACGAUCGGCAUCACAACACUGGUGACUCGUGUGUUGGAAGUGGGAUGAAUGCAUUUUAUACCCCGUUUCAAACAGCGGGACUGCUGGGAUUCACGCUUGUCUCGGAGCCUGCACAGGCACCGAAAAUGUUGUUGGAAGCAAUGAAACUAGUGAAGGGGAUAAAAAACGCGCCACAGGAGGCUGUGAAUAUUGCCAAACUUAAUGCGAGGGUUUCCUUUCUAAAUGAGAACACCGUAAGUAUUCAGGACUACUGUGAUUUUCUAUGCACCUGUUUACCCCCAAUAUCGGACUCAAGAAUGGUGACUGGCCUUGAUGAGGUUCUGCUAGCCAUUGAAUCUGUUAGUACUACGGACAUUAAGUGUGUAAUCGAUAUGAUGCUUAGUCACCCGACAUCUUUCUAUGGACACGGUGAAAUGCACAGAUUUCCAUCCAUCCGUCACUUAGGCUUAUAA